GAUCCAACACACGGACAACGCGAUCAUCAUGAUCCCCUUCGUUUGUCACCGUCGUCGUUGAUCGAUCGAGAUUAUCCCUUCCUUAAAUCGACUAGUUUGAAUUUGUUAGUGGACCGGAUGAGACACGGAAUCCGCGUUUCGUAGGUUUCGGUUGUAGAACUGCGGUUCGGACGGAGUUACGCAAGGCAGAAUAAAUCCUUGUAGUGGCAGUACGAAGUUAUCGAUGCGUAACGGAUUAGUGUGUUUCGAUUUGGAUAGCAUAGGGCAUCUACGGUUGAAUUGAGCGGCAGCUGAAAAUGGGGAACCUUGAAGACAUUGUGGAGCACAUGAGAAGAUUUUCAUGGCCAGAUUACCUGGUGUUUGUGAUGAUGCUGUUCUUGUGCAUCCUCAUUGGGAUCUACUUUGGAUUUAUGCAGAGAAAACCCAGCACUGAAUCAGAAUACCUGAUGGGCGGAAGGACUAUGCUGGUGUUUCCGAUCGCACUCUCGCUAAUUGCCAGCUUCAUAUCCGGCAUAACACUUCUCGGAUUACCGACAGAAGUUUAUUCAUUUGGCAUUCAGUAUGUUUACGUGUCCCUCGGUGUCAUUACAAUGGGAUUCGUGAUGGGAUUUAUUUACUUACCCGUGUUCCACAAGCUCAACAUCACAUCAACUUAUGAGUACCUGGAAACCCGUUUUGACCGACGGUUGCGGAUGUUUGGCUCCAUCAUGUUUACAAUAAUGAAUAUUGGCUACCUUCCGAUAGUGAUUUACGUUCCAGCACUAGCUUUUAAUCAAGUGACCGGCGUUAAUAUUCAUGUGAUCACCCCUAUUGUUUGUAUAGUUUGUGUCUUCUAUACAUGUGUGGGUGGACUGAAAGCUGUCGUUUGGACCGACGUCGUGCAGACGUUUUCCAUGUUCGGUGCAUUGGUUCUGGUUGCCGUCAAAGGAACGAUUGAUCUCGGGGGAUCCGAUAUUGUGUUUCGAAAUGCGUGGGAUACGGGACGCUUGGAAAGGCCCAAUUUCGACAUUAAUCCGACUACCAGACAUACCAUUUGGUCUCAGUUGAUUGGAGGGUUCGUCUACUGGUUGCAAACCAAUGCAGUCAGUCAGAACAUGAUUCAAAGAUAUCUGUCGCUACCGUCGGUGAAAGCUGGCCGAAGGGCCCUCUGGAUAUUUGUUUUCGGCGUGUGUGUCCUGAUGGCGCUGUGCAGCUACAACGGUUUACUGAUCUACGCCACCUAUCGCAACUGUGACCCACUGACAACGAAGUUAGCAAAGGCAAAAGAUCAACUACUGCCACUCUUUGUAAUGGAUAUCCUAGGCGAGCUACCCGGGCUUCCAGGGUUGUUCAUCGCUGGUGUGUUCAGCGCAGCUUUGAGUUCGCUGUCCACAUGUCUGAACUCCAUGUCAGCUGUCAUUCUGGAAGACUUCGUGAAGCCAUUCGUUAAGAAACCCCUUUCACAGAGGGCCGUGAAUUGGAUUAUGCGAUCGGUUGUUGUCGGAGUAGGUGCCCUAUGCGCGGCAUUGGUAUUUGUGGUGGAGAAAAUGGGAACGGUUCUACAACUGACGAUGAGCCUGGAGGCCAUUACUAAUGGACCACUACUGGGUACUUUCACACUAGGUAUUCUGGUUCCUUGGGUUGAUGCCAACAGCGCUCUUACGGGUGGAAUUGUCGGAGUUUUGUUCAUGUCGUGGCUCAGUCUGAAAGCGCAAUACGCCGUUGCAACCGGAGCGAUUGUGUUUCCUCAUAAACAGAUGUCUACCGACGAAUGCACCUACGAGUUCGAACAUACUUUGGCAAAUACCACUAUUAGCAGUUCUGUUACUGCAGAAGAAAUUUUUCCAUUAUUCCGGAUAUCGUACAUGUGGUACACUUUCCUAGGGGCAGCAGUUACAAUACUGGUGUCCCUUGGAUAUACUUUGAUCUUCGGCCGUAAUAAUCCAAGGUCUAUAGCGCCUGAUCUUCUGGCAGGAUUCGUAAGACGAUACGUUCACCGGGAUACUGUCGAUGGCGAUAUUAACGGUAAAGCGAACCUGAACAACCUGGCGCAGAACCAUUGUAGUAAUGGAGACAUGCUAAAUGAGUCUCAACUCUAGAAGGGCAAUUUUCAGGUAAGAUUUCUAGUGCUGAAACCUUUUUUAGAUGAAUUGACACAACAUAGUGUCCCUAUUUGUAACAAUUGAUAACUAUAAAAAGGUUACAUA